UAUAAAAUACUCAAUUUACUCACCACCAUUAGGUCUCCCUCCUCCCAUGAGAAGCAAGCGAAGAUUAAGAGAAUUAAUGGCUAACAAAGGCACUUUGCCUCAAGAAACCCUCACUGACAUCCUCUCAAGACUUCCCAUCAAAUCUUUAACCCGUUUCCAAUCCGUUUCUAAACCCUUCUCUGCUUUGAUCAAUUCCCCUGCUUUCAUUUCCGCCCAUCUUCGCCGUUCUUCUCGCCAUUCCUCGUUUUUCUUCCGCCAUUUCAAUAACCCAUCUGGGUCUAACUUUUCUUUUUUCUUAAACAAUAACCAAAUCAGUGAUGUUGAAGUUCCUUUGUUGGGUUGUUUGAUUAGGUUCCCAAAAAUUGUUGGUUCCUGCAAUGGUCUGGUCUGUCUUGACAUCUCAUCUUGUUAUGCGAGGGGGUUUGUUUUGUGGAAUAUUGCUAGGAAGCAGUAUUCUUGUCUCCCUAGUCCAAGAAUCAGUGAUUCUCGUAGACCCUUUUGGAUGGUUUCAACUGGGUUUGGAUUUGAUCGCAAAAAGAAUGAUUACAAAGUUGUAAGAAUAGUGAGUUUCGGCUGCGAAAAGGAUGAAUCGCCUGUUGUGAUGGCUGAGGUUUUCUCAUGGAGGACUUUUUGUUGGAGAGUGAUUGAAGCGAGUAUUGGGGCCUGUGCGAUACAUGAAGGACAGAAUGGUGUGGUUGUCAAUGGAGGGUUGCAUUGGUUAGGUAAUAGUGCUGGAAAAUCAGGUAUUCAGAAGUUUAUUGUGUCAUUUGAUUUGGAUACUGAAGAGUUUAGAAAGAUCCCAAUACCAGACUUUCCGGCCGGAAUUUGUGUUAAAAUUAUGGGGUUUAAAGGGUCACUUGCACUGGCAUUUUAUCCUGCAAAGGAAGUGGAUGUCCAUUCUAGACAUGGAAGACCUGGUGUGGCUGAUUGGAUUGAGUUUUGUGUAUGGGAUGAAUGUGAUGGUGCUGAUGGAAAGUGUUGGACUAAAUUGAAUUCUAUCCAAUUAACUACUGUUGGACACCCUGUCGGUGUUGCAAAUGAGACAGGAUUGAUAAUUAAGAAGUUGAUGGAGGGGCAGGGUGCUCAAUUCAUUUUGUUUGAUCCUAGUAAUCAAUAUUACAGAGGGAUGCAUAUUUGUGACGCUAGCUACUCCUGUGAUGUUCAUAGUUAUGUGGAAAGUUUUGUUCCAGUGAGUGGAGGAGGGCAAGAUCAGGUUAUAGAAGAGGAGCCUGGUGAGGGAUAAUUGGAGUCUGUUUUUUUCCUCCACGCUAGUUGCUGGCUCUUGCUCUCUCUUAGGGUUAUAUAUAUAUAUAUAUUUGGGGAGGAUUAUGUUAUCUGCUACUAUCUAGUGAUCUUGUAGGAUCAUAGCUUAGUUCUUUUUGUGUUUUUUAGGGACUAGUGUUUUAAUUUUGACUUGCUUACAGUGUUAGCUGAGAAAGAGACCAUCAUGAGCUAUGGGUCUGCCCUUUCGCUCGUUUUGGUUGCUCGACGCAUAUAUAUAAUACGUAUUGUUUGUUUUUA